GUGAACGUUGACCUAAACCCCACCUCCAAAAAAACGAUAGUUCAAUGCGUCGGCGCUGAUUGGGCAAUGCCCUGCGUGACGCCGAACUCAAGCCAGCUGAAAAUGAACAAGAGAGCGAAUGUGUCCAUCAGCUGGAAGCCCAGACGGGGAACGGUGCGGGUGGAUGAGGAGGGGGCGGCGCCGAUGGGCACGUGUGCAGGGAUGUGUUCCGAGAGGGAGCGUCUGGAGCGCCAGAGACAGAAGCGGCUGCACCGCUUCGAGAUCCUGCAGGGCACCGAGCGGGACAGGCUGCCCAGCGCUGACCCCGGCCGGGCUGUGAAGGAGUACAGCCGGCCAGCCGCGGGCAAGGAUUCCACCUGCCCCAGCGAGCUGCGCCCGCCAGCGGUCCUGCUCAAAACCGUCUGCUACCUGAUAGACGAGAUCGCAUCAGGGCAGACCGGGGCACCCUGGACAGAGGUUUACGGUUUCGUGUUCGACCGUCUGCGGAGCGCACGGCAGGACCUGACGAUCCAGCGGGUGAGCGGGAGGCCGUGCGUGGCUGUGCUGGAGCGGACUCUGCGCUUUCUCGUCUACGCCUCCUACAGGCUGUGCCAGGAGCCGCUGCGCUGCUUCGACCCCAAGAUAAACGACACGCACGUCCAGGAGUGCUUCAGCUGGCUGCUGGACUGCUACCAGGAGGGGAUCCACGACAACGAGCCCGAGGUCCAGGCCCUGGCUCUGCUCUAUAAUCUAGGCUCCCUCCACGCGCUGCACCACACCCUGCAGCUCCCCGAGCCGGUGAGGAGCUCCGCGCCGGUCAGGCUGGCAGCGUCUGUGAGCCGGGCGUACCUGGAGGGCAACUUGGUGCGGUUCUUCCGGCUGCUGCGGAGCCUGACGUUCCUGCAGAGCUGCGCCGUGCACCGGCACCUCCCACGCUGCCGGCAGGAGAUGCUGCUCUUCUACAGCCACGGGUACAGCAGCAGGAACUGCCGCUACCCCCUGCCGCUGCUGGCCGAGCUCCUGGCCCUGGCGGGCCCUGGCGAGGCGGCAGAGCUGUGCCGGGAGCACGGCAUCACGGUGAGCGGUGACACCGUGGCGUUCCUAAAGACGGCCUUCAGAUACCCGCCGGCGCUCGUUAGCAGACACUCCUAUGAGCUGGUGGACAGGAAACAGGGAGACAGAAGCAUCGCGGACGUUAUCCACGGCUACUCCUAGCCUCCGCGCUGCCAACACAUUUGCUGUGUUAAUGUGAUCUCUAAUUUACUGCUGGGGGUGGGACGGAGAUAUUUAACCCUGUAGUGCCCAUUGAUGUAGCAACAAUUCUUCUUUGCCACUUCUGAAGCAUUACAGGGAUGGAAGUAAGACUCCCGUUGCAUAGCGGUUUGAUCCAUUCCUGGUUUUACUUUAGGUUUAGUAAGACUCACCUGAGCUUGUUACCUAUACAAGGUGUCUAAUCAAGCUCGUAUUAAAACCUGGAAUGGGGUGGAACUGCUGUGCAAUAGGAGUCUUAUUUCCAUCCCUGCAUUAGGACGUAUGUUUUUGCCUAUGGACAAAUUGCAGGUAAACUGCUUCCAAUCCAUAGAAAAUGUGUUACAUGGGCAAUUUGCCUAUUGUUUUUACAGGCCAUCUUCAAAGGCCAACAUUUUUAUGGGGUUUACAUUAUGUGUGGGUCUUUUUUUUCUAACUUAUGUUUGUUUGGUGUUAGGAAAUAUAGUACCUUAUCAUCUUACUCAGGAAUUACAGUUAUACAGUGUGUGUGUAUAUAUAUAUGUGGUGCUUCUCAUUUAGUUAAUUUGUAAUAUUACACAAUUUUCUUUCUGAACUAUUGUACAGUACAUCUCGUGUUUCGUUGUUUUCAGAUGUAUUUUGAUAUGCUUGUGUGUUUUAUAUAUUUUUUCUUGGGCAAAAAAAUGCCUUUUAAUAAA